AUGGCAUAUUAUAGGCAUCGAAUGGCCAUAAGACCAGAUGAAUUUAAUCCUUUCAUUAUGGGUGGUAGAUUAUUUCAACAAUGGGUAGUUGAUAGUUACGUUAAAGUUGAAAAAGACCGAAUCCAAUAUUGUAAAGAUCAUCAAAAAGAAUUGAAAGCUGAUACUUACAAAGGACUCAGUGAUUACAUGCAAAAUAUAGCUGAAGAAGUUGGCGGACAAGUAGGUAAAACCAUUAUUCUUCCAUCGUCGUUUACUGGAUCACCACGUUAUAUGCAGCAAUGUUAUCAAGAUGCUAUGGCCUUGGUAAAUGAAAAAGGUAAACCGGAUAUUUUUCUUACAAUGACAUGUAAUUCAAAUUGGUCUGAAAUUAAAGAAAAUCUUUUACGUGGUCAACAAACUUCUGAUAGACCAGAUAUUGUAGCACGAAUAUUUCACUUAAAGAAAGAACGAAUAAUUGAUUUAAUUGUUAAAAAAAAAUUUUUUGGUGAAAUGGCUGCUUAUGUUUAUGUAAUAGAAUUCCAAAAACGAGGUUUACCAUACAUGCAUUUAUUGAUAACAUUAGCAAAUGGUUAUAAGUGGACCACUCCUGAAAUUGUUGAUAAAUUUAUAUCCGCUGAAUUUCCAAUUAAAGAAAAUAAUCCACACUUAUAUGAUAUUAUUCUAAAAUACAUGGUCCAUGGUCCAUGUGGUGAUUGGUGUAUGGAAAACGACAAAUGUUCUAAGAAUUUUCCAAAAUUUUUCAAGAUGAAACUACUAUGGAUGAAAAUGGUUUUCCUAAUUAUCGUCGAAGAAACACAGGCUCUACACAUCAAUGAUCUAAUGGUCAUCAAGUUGAUAACAGGUGGAUAG